AUGUUGAGGAAAUCGUGCAGCACGCAACUGACUAAACCUGAAUCCAGUCACAGCAUCGACGAUGGGAUCAUCCUCAACUUUAGUAGGUUCGGCCCUUGCAGAGACGCUUCCCUUGACAGCGACUGUGGUUCCCCAGGGGGCUGCGUUAUUACUGUCAGCGCUGAAUGCAAUAUGACCAGUGAAAACCAGUGGCAAAACUCGACCGUUGAUAUAAGUUCAAACGCUGACGAUGACUUGUACCGCCCUCCGUCGUGCCAGGGUUGUCGGGCACCCAUCGCGUCCCUGGAUUGUAUGGACGACUUUAGUGCUAACUCUCAACAGAUGUUGGAUCAAGUUUGUGCACAAUCUGACAGAGGCAAUUUGUACGCAGCCGGCGAGGUAAAUGUGUCGCGACACAUGUCGACGUAUAUGGGAAAUCAUACCACCAUGCCAUCGGUGGUGACUCCAGGAUUACGGUAUAAAAAUUUGGGCAAAUCUGGGUUACGGGUGCCCAACAUCGGCCUGGGAAUAUGGGCCAUGCUAAACGAAGAUUGCGCCGAAGACGUCAUCAUGACCGCACUGGAGAACGGCAUCAAUCUUUUUGAUCUGUCUGAAGCACACUGCGCCAAGGGAGAGGCUGAGUUGGGCAGGGUGCUAAAGAAACGUAACGUUCGGCGGACGAGCGUUAUCAUCACCACCAAAGUGUACUGGAGCACCAAGUCGGAUGAAAGAGGCCUCUCUCGCAAACACAUAGUUGAGAGCGUUAAGGCGUCACUGGCUCGACUUCAAGUUGAAUAUAUUGAUGUUGUACUCCUGCAUAAAGUUGAUCCAGUUUGCCCUAUGGAAGAGUUGGUACGUGCGAUGAACUUCGUUAUAAAUCAAGGAUGGGUCAUGUAUUGGGGAACAGCUCGCUGGACACCAGCAGAGAUAAUGGAUGCAUAUAGUAACUGUAGACAGUUCAACUGCAUUACUCCAAUAGUGGAACAAACAGAAUAUCAUAUGUUCUGUCGCGAGAAACCUGAACUCUACAUGCCCGAGUUGUAUCAUAAGAUCGGUGUAGGUAUGAUGGCGUGGUCAGCUAUAACUACUGGUAAAGGUCUUGGCCGCGAAGAAAUCACCGGCCUAUUUGCAAAAUCUCGAUUCAACAGAAAAUACAGUACGUUUAGCUGGUGUGAAGAAGAUCUUGCAGUACCUGAGGAAUCUCUGAAAGACAAGGAAAAGGAAAAAGAAAAGGAUUCCAAGCCGAAAUUCUUCUUAAACAACGCAGGAGAAGUCAUCAAACGUACUGAGCAAGACGGAGUUUCCACUGAUGUCGUGAUAUCAGUGUCAUCGUUGAAAGGUAAGCAACCAGCUAGCGGGGGCAGUAAGGUGAAGAAGUCCAAGUCUGACACGGCUCGUCCGCGGUCUUCUUCCUUACAACGGUCCACUUCAGGACAGUUGUCCCUCGGCAAAGACCGCAGGAAAUCGCGUUUGGACUUGAACUCGCCCGCUGAUCCGUAA